AUGAUGAAACUCACCGUCGGGCUCGUUGCCGCCCUAGCAGGCUUCUCAUCGGCUCUUCAACCGACCGCUCAAGUAUACAUCAUCCCGGCACGCGAGGCCUCGGCGGCGCCGCCCUCCCUCUCGCCCGGGCUCGCACGCCUCGUCCUCCUGCAGCGGCUGGCUGCCAUCGGCCAGGGCCCCUCCAUCAACGAUGUGCCCAACGAUGCCAACACGGAGGAUGCCGUGUCGGCGAUGACGAGAUUCGGCAAGACGUCGCCUGUCCUCUUUGGUGGCGAAAACAAUGGCGAGCCUAGCCAGCUGGUGAUGAUGCUGGACGAGAUGACGGAGCAGCAGAUGGAGGAUCUAGGGCGGGCCUUUGACAUGAAGCCGGCAUUCACAAUCACGGACCCACCAUCAUCCAAUGCGCACGAAGAGCUUGUCACGGUCGACUUUCGCAUCGCCGGCAUCACAGACGUCAACCAGUGCAGCCUCCGCGAGAUUGCCAACCCGCUGGAGGAGUGCUGGAACGGCAAGCAGGCUGCCGUUGCCAAAUACAACGCCAACCAGGAUCCGGACGUGCUCCAGCAGCUGCCCCAAAGACUGGCCCAACUCGUGCAGCUCGCCAAGUCGGGCGAGCUCGAGACGACGAUCCUGCUUCUCCCGUCCACGUCGAACUCGAAAUCGUGGUCGGACCUGCCGCAAGAGCUGCGGCGGCGCCAGGCGGAGCAAGUCAUCUCGUCUUACGACAAGGCGGCGGCGUCAUCCACGUCGGCUGUCCCGGAGAAGCCGAUAGCAUUCCCUUCCAAGAUGCCUAUUGCGGCCUGCUUCAACUCCAAGAAGAGCUGCAUGAUCGCCACGGGCAACUGUUCCUCGCACGGUUCCUGUCUGGACAGGUACGCGAGUGCCGAGGAGGAUGGCAAGAAAAAGGAGGCCUGCUUUGCCUGCCAUUGCCUCAGCACCAAGAGCGAGAGCGGCAAGGUAACGCACUGGGCAGGCCCAUCGUGUGCCAAGGCGGACAUAAGCGUUGCCUUUUGGCUCUUUGUCGGAUUCACGGUUGCCAUGGUGGGCAUCGUGUGGCUCGCCAUCGUGAUGCUGUUCAACGUGGGAGAGGAGCCGCUGCCUGGCGUCAUCGGAGCGGGUGUUUCGAGGUCCAAGUAG